ACUACUUCUUCCACCCUUGGUCUCUUCCUUUUCAUCAAACAUCAACCCAAGUUUCGCCGACGUUGACGCAAAGUUCAACUGCUCCAUCAUGAAUCCCGAAUACGAUUACCUCUUCAAGCUCCUCCUCAUCGGAGACUCUGGUGUCGGAAAGUCUUGCUUGCUCCUUCGUUUUGCCGAUGAUACCUAUACGGAAAGCUACAUCUCCACUAUCGGGGUCGACUUUAAAAUCCGUACCAUCGAGCUUGAUGGCAAGACGGUGAAACUUCAAAUUUGGGAUACUGCUGGCCAGGAACGUUUCCGGACAAUCACAUCGUCUUAUUACCGUGGUGCUCAUGGUAUCUGUGUCGUCUACGAUGUGACCGACAUGGACUCUUUCAACAACGUGAAGCAGUGGCUUCAAGAAAUCGAUCGCUACGCCACCGAGGGUGUCAACAAGCUGCUCGUGGGUAACAAGAGCGACAUGGAAGACAAAAAGGUGGUUGAGUACACAGUGGCUAAGGAAUUCGCUGAUAGCCUUGGGAUCCCAUUCUUGGAAACCUCGGCGAAGAACGCUUCAAAUGUCGAGCAGGCUUUCUUGACAAUGGCGAGACAAAUCAAGGAGCGUAUGGGCACUGCUACUGUCAACAACAAGCCAACCGUGCAGGUUGGCCAAGGCCAGGGCGUUCAAUCCGGCUCCGCGGGCGGCUGCUGCUAGACAAUUGAUGUUCCUGAUCCCGCGUUGCUAUACGCCAUCUUAGCACGGGGGUGACAAAAGGAGCUACCAGGGAGGCUACCGGCGGCGCCCUGCUGCCGGGCAGUUUUGUUUGAAUGCUAGCAUGAUUUCAACUGUUCUUUGCUAGUGAUGGCCAUAGGGAGUAGUUUUUUCCUGCUUUAGAAGGCCUUCGUUUUGUCUUUAUACAUGGUGCUCUAUGGAUAAUUUCCCCGAACUGUCUUCCCCGGUUCCCUCCCUUUUUCACCCCUGCCGGCCAUCUAUUGUUC